ACCACGGAUGGAGUGGAACCAGUGGAACAAAUUGAUGUGAAAUGAUAACAGCUUGCUCGUGAUAAGGCGAAAAACUUCCAAGUGACUUUCAUCAUCCAUUGAAUUACUUAAAUCCAAAGUCUAGUGCCACGUGCAACAGAAUCGAAGCGCUUGAAGAGAGUAAUUAUGUUCGAUUAUUGUCUAGUUCUUGCUAACCUGAUAAGCCCGAUUUCAAUACAGUUCCAUUAUCGAACUCAGCUUCAACUCAGUGUUCUUAGAUUCUAGUGAAUACCUACUAUCUUAUGUAAUUGUUUUAUACUUUCACCGUAUUAUCACGGUUCAAUAAUCCUUAGUGCAAAACAUCCAGUCGCGCACAACUGUAUGUGUGAAUCUCCAUAAUAUACCGUUACAGUGAUACCGUACAAAGUUCUAGGCAGCAGUAGAUUAGAACCAGAGAUAUAUCAUGUUACUACAACGAACCCGCCAUCAUCAUCGGUUCCAAUUGAGACUAAUUGCAUCGGUUUUAGAUUGCCUCGCAGAUACAGGUUUGCGUCACAAACUUGCUAGCAGUCACAAAAUGGUGCUGGAAACGACUACACGUGCUACGGCAACUAGUGCUCAGGUUGCCACAAACAAGGCUUCGCUAAACCCCUGUUUGGGAUCAACAGAAGAUCAAAAACGGCUAAAAUCAGUGAAUUAUAAUCAAACAGCUACGCAAGUUGAAGAAUCAUACGAGGAAGCAGUGCGAGCUCUGAACGCGCUCCAAUCAAAUUACAGCGUGCUACAGACUUCGAUAAAUUCUGGUAAUCCGAACGGGGCGAACCGUUCACGGGUUCACUCACCCGAUUCCGUACACAUCCAGGAGACAAUUAAGUUUCUCAAUCGCAUUGGCGUUUCGCCGGAGCGGUUGGAUACACUUCCAGUGAUUCAUGUCUCCGGCACCAAGGGCAAGGGCUCCACCUGUUCAUUGGUUGAAUCUAUUCUUCGCGCGCACGGCUACCGUACUGGAUUCUUCAGCUCUCCCCAUCUGGUUUCCGUUACCGAAAGAAUCCGGCUGAAUGGCGUCCCAAUCGAUCCUAGUAAAUUUGCUAGCUAUUUCUGGCGGGUCUAUAACCAGCUGCUGGCCAACCAGGAUCAUCCCGGAGAUAUGCCUGCUUACUUCAAUUUCUUAACUGUGCUGGCUUUCGAGGUGUUCCUCAAGGAACCAAUAGACGUAGCCAUCGUGGAGGUUGGAAUCGGGGGAAAGUAUGACUGUACCAAUGCCAUUCGUGGAACUAAAACCGUUGGAAUAACUUCCUUGGGACUGGAACAUACCCGGUUACUGGGAGAUACCUUGGAGGAAAUUGCCUGGCAAAAGGCCGGUAUCGUAAAACGAGGAUCAGAUGUUUUCACAGUUCGGCAACCGGGAGGCUGCAACCAGGUGAUAGAGACUCAAUGCAAAGAAAUGCAGGCUCAUUUCACUGUGGUUCCCGAUUUCGACAGCUACCAAUGGCAGCGAAAACCAAAACUAAGCACCAACAAUGAAGCCAUAAAAAUUAACACAUCGUUAGCCAUUCAAAUAGCUUUGAAUUGGAUGAGUCAUACCAGACCGGAACUCUUGUCGUGCUCAAAAAACACCACUGCUGGCAUCCCAGUCCUUUCCGAACAAGUGAGCGCCGGAAUCGAGUCUUGCUUUUGGCCGGGUCGAUGUCACCAGAUACAAGUCGGCAAUAGGCGACUGUUCCUCGAUGGAGCCCAUACCGUAGAAAGUGUGGAAAUUUGUGCAAAAUGGUUUGAAUCCAGCCGGAAAAAGGGUGCUCCGAAGGUCCUGAUUUUCAAUGCAACUGGGGACCGGGACACGGCAAAGCUGCUACGCAUUUUACAUAGACAUGUGAAAUUUGAUAAAGUUUUCUUCAGCCCUAAUGUGGCCUCUAGUAGUACGACAAAAGUGGACUCAAUCAACUUCAACUUCCCAAGCGACGAACAGCUAAAGCGAUGUGAACAAAACCUGAAAACCUGGCAGGGUUUGGCGUCCGGUGGUGAAGCCUCCAUCCACGGGACGCUCGAAAGUGUAUUCCGUCAAAUCGACAGCCAGCGUGAUUUGGCCGAGUGUGACAUACUGGUAACCGGAUCCCUGCAUCUCAUCGGUGCCGUGCUGACAGCUCUCAAGAUGGAAUCGCACGUCAUUUUCCCUGGUUAGCACCGGUUAAUUUCCGGAUCUCUAUUGGGCAUGUUUUCAAUACUGAAUGACUGGUGGCGCGUGGUGAGUGUAAAUUUUAAUUUUAUGGAAAAAUAUUUGACAUUUUU